GAUCAUUGAUCCGCCAUGUUCCGGAGUCGUCUGGGAAUCUUAGAAGCUGAGGAACGAGGCAUUCGGACGACGGAAAUGGAUUCUGGGCACGCGACUGCGAGUACGAGGACCGAGACUACCUGGGAGCGCUUGAGGAGCACGUCCCCCGAGACUCCCCCGAUCAAAAUCACUCGCCUAACCUCUCCCCUGUCCUCCUUGCCCUCCUCCGCACCCUUCCCCCCCGCGAACGUCGAGAAGGUCUCCAAUCGAAGCCACAAGAUCCGCAAUCACGCAAUGGACGGCAUGGACAACAAGCCGGUGUUGAACGAUGAUCCCUCGGUCACCCUGACCAUCCGCCUGAUCAUGCAGGGCAAAGAAGUCGGCAGCAUUAUCGGGAAAAAGGGAGAGAUCGUCAAGAGGUUCCGCGAGGAGUCCGGCGCGAAAAUCAAUAUCUCCGAUGGUUCCUGCCCGGAACGGAUAGUGACAGUCACCGGGCCGACGAACUCGAUCUUCAAGGCGUUCACGCUGAUAUGCAAGAAGUUCGAGGAGUGGUGCUCGCAGUUCCACGACAUUCAGGGUGGCGGUGCCGGAGGCGGCGGCGGUGUAUCGAGGCCGCCCAUCACACUCAGACUGAUCGUCCCCGCGUCGCAAUGCGGCUCCCUGAUCGGCAAGGGUGGUUCCAAGAUCAAAGAAAUUCGGGAGGUCACUGGCGCCUCGAUCCAAGUCGCUUCCGAGAUGCUGCCUAAUUCGACGGAACGUGCAGUAACCAUAUCCGGUACCAGCGAGGCGAUCACGCAAUGCAUAUAUCAUAUCUGCUGCGUUAUGCUAGAGUCCCCUCCCAAAGGUGCCACGAUCCCUUAUCGCCCCAAACCCCAAGUCGGUGGGCCAGUGAUCCUGGCUGGUGGGCAAGCCUACACCAUCCAGGGUAAUUACGCGGUGCCCGCCCACUCGGACAUGGGCAAGCUGGGUAGCAAUCCUCUGGCAGGGCUGGCGGCCUUAGGCCUCGGAGGUCUCGCCACACCGGCGAACACGGGUGGUCUUAAUCCAGCAGCGUUAGCGGCAUUGGCUGGAAGCCAGCUGCGUACGAGCAACACGAACAGACAGCAACCGGCGGCGAACAAUCAGACGCAUGAGAUGACCGUGCCAAAUGAGCUGAUCGGUUGCAUCAUCGGGAAGGGCGGUACCAAGAUCGCCGAGAUCCGUCAGAUCUCCGGCGCCAUGAUCCGAAUCAGCAACUGCGAGGAGAGGGAGGGCGGAGCAACGGACCGCACGAUCACCAUAACCGGGAAUCCGGACGCCGUGGCGUUGGCACAGUAUCUCAUCAAUAUGAGGAUAUCGAUGGAGACGUCGGGGGUGCCUAUGCCCGCGUAUCACUUCAUCCCGCCGGACCACAUUGUGAAAUCGCCCAUCCACUAAAUGUGGAGAGCCGUCGUGGUCGUUGUCGUCGUCGAAAGGACGCGGAGCAUCGCGGAAGCGCGCGAAGCUGUCAGUGGCAUAUGGGGCUGGGCCACACACUGUGUUCAGCUUGCAAAUCGAUACACUUGCAAAAAGAAACAAGACACACGACAGUGAGAAAGGGACAGAGAGAGAGAGAGAGAGAGAAAGAGAGAGAGAGAGAACGAGAGAGUGAAAGAAAGAGAGAGAGAAAGAGAGCGAGAGAGAGAGAGAGAGAGAGAGAGAGAAACAUACACAAUACGUACUCACGUAGGACACUCGCACGUAUUCAGAAAGGGAGUCUACUUGUGCGCGCUUUAAAUAAGCCCAUGUACGUUAAAAUCGAACAUAUAUUCUAAUACGACCACAGAUAUACGUAAGAAGAUGCGUACGUACACAUACACAGACACAUACACACAUGCGACAGCCUGAAGGAGGGUGAAACGUACAUGGAGAAAUGAUGAAGAUACGCACGCGCGUACACAGACACACUUGAGUGUACAAAACUGUACAAAAGUUAUUUAAACAAAAGAACAAAAAAAAAUAAUGAUGCACGCCGCAGCCGCCGAGCUGUUGCCGAUUGGUAAAGGGAACAAGCCAAAGAUAUGUUAGUUUUCAUUUUUAUAUUUAAACGAAAAAAAAAUGAUGACGCGAGACGGGUGAGAGAUAAGGGAGAGAAUUAUUAUUAUUAAUUAUAUUACUACGAACGCGAUGAUGCUAAAUAAUAUUAGGCCGGUUGUUAGCGUUUUUUCUAUUGCAUACGGAUACACCGUCGCGCCGACGGUUUUUCGCGACCGGUUCGCGAGCUUCGUUCAUUCGGAAGAGGAGCGACGUUGCGCGACGGGGGCGCAGCUUGGUACCGCGGGACUCGUUGUUCGGGCAAACCGGUAGUCGAAGAGCUCAGAGCGAGUGCGAACUUGUUACUUCCGGUAAAAAUUGCAAUUUUAUUCGAGUAUGUAGACACCGCGGAUUGUACGCGUGAUAUACAAUUGAUAUACAAUCGAGAGAAUGAGACCACGUGUGUCUUCAGUAGCGACUAAAUAUCUUCGUCGUUUGCAGCCUUUUUAAGAAGCGGCGAUAUCGGCGGGCGUCUCGAAUCGCAGAGAAGGGAAUCUAAAUUGCUCGACGCAGAUAUCGCCGAUGUUUAACUUAAGUUCUCGAGUGAAUGAGCUAUAAUGAGGGUUGCACGCGUCAGAAUUUCGGAAAUUCUUAGGACGGAGCUACACAAGUCCCGCGCAUCGAACUCUUCGACUGAUCAUUUUCGAGGCGCGCGUUCUCGGUUCCCUGAUGAUCGAGACAUCUUUCGGAAAGUGUCUCCGGGUAACUUGGAGGAUUUCAAAUUGAAUCUCACGUAGACUAUAUCGAUCUCGGUAGCGCAACGCGAUAACGCGCGACCGAUCGGCGCGUCAAUCAGCGAGGAAUGCGUGUCGGAUGUCUCGACUGCGUGGUCUCUCUUGUCCCACAUAUCUUUCUCGACCACGCAAUCGAGCGUCGAUCCGCCACGCCGAUAUUGCGCACCGAUCUCGGUCGCGUUGACCUCUCGCGCCCCACAUGAUGCCGUUCCUCGAUGACGUGGUCUCGCGUGGUCCCCGUCAGCGCAUCCGCGGCCGAUUUUCGCGGCCGCGAGGUCGGGAGUCACGAGCCUCGCGAUCAACUGUCGUGCGCGCGGGAGCGCCGAGGGAAAGUCAAGAUAAUUGAUAUCGCGCGCGGUGGGAAAAAAUUUUACGUAGUUGCGUAGCUUUUGCAUGUGAAUCUUGGAUUCCAAAAUUGUCGGUGAAAGCUUUUCUUUCUUUUCUAAAGGGGACGGGAAGGGGGGAGGGGGGAAGUAAGAAAGAAAGAGAAAAAGUCGAAAAAAGAGAAAAAAAACGACUGCGAACGUUCGCGCCGCCGAUCGCUCGGCAUCCCAGCCGGGAGCGCGGGGGGAACGAGCGGGUUGCGCGUCCUAGCGCAUCCUCGGCAUCAUCCCCGACUGUUCCUGGGCACCUUCGGCGCGCCUUCAUCUUGCGGUGAUCUUGUAAAGUCGAAUGUCGAACACCGGCCGGGGGCGAUGCCGAGCGCGCGCUUCUGUUGAAGGAACAAAUGAAAUUAUUACGUGGAAUAUAUAUAAAUAAUGAUAUAUAUUAUAUAUACACACAUAAUAUAUAUAUAUUUAUUAUACGCGAUAAAGAUAAUUAGAGAAGAGAUAAAUAGCGAUGAAAAGGUGCGAGCUCAAGCCCAGACUCGACCAGACUCGAGGCAUCCUUUCCUUUCUUCAUCAUCCACUUCAAGCCUCCCCAUUGACGGUUUCGACUCUUCUCCCCAUAUCGGAAUUUGGUCCCACGCUUGCGGUUUGGUUCGCGAUUCGUACGGACCUCGCAAUGACGAUAUCUUUUCUUUGUAUAAAUUUUAAAUAUACAUUCUUUCGUAUGUACGUUUCUUCGUUACUAUCUUUAUCGACUCUACGUUCGCGUGUUAUUUUAUAGUCGUUACGACAUCGAUAUUUAUUAAAAUUAUAACUUUAUUAUUCGGAAGAAAAAUGCGCGCGCGCGCGCGGCACUGUGCAACAUCUUUUUGAGAUUAUUUUAUUCUAGUAAACUAUUUAUGUAUACUAGUCUGUACAAAAUUUACGAAAUAAUCGUAUUUCGAGAUUUCUUGUUGGAUAUUUUAUAUUUGUGCCUAGUUUCGGUCUCGAUUUAUGUUGAAAACGAGUUAAAGAAAUUAUUAUUAUUAAAAAUGGGGCUUAAGAAUUGCAGAAAUAUACAAUAGCUAUGUAACUAGUUUCUAAAUUUCGUUGUAAGAUCAAGUUAACGCCAAUGUAAUUGGCCGUGGCGCGGACGAUUUACACCUUGCGACUUGUAUCCUGUACCGAUAACUUCCAUUAUGUGCCAAACGUAAAUUAAAAUUUGGAAAAAGAAGGAAAACCAUUUGUUAAAAAAUGUUAGUCUGUGCUUCCGGUGUUCAGCUCAAUUAAUAAUCGGUGGUCUUCGCGCGUACGUAUCACUUUUAUACAUCCUAUCCAAUUUUUAUGAAAUUGCUCUUAAUUUUAAUAUGUAAAUUAAUAUCCGCAAAAAAAAGGAAACUAUAACGUUGAUAGCUGUAUCAACUCUCAUUUAUGUUUGUGUAUAACUGAACAAUGUUGUGGGUCAGUUUUGUGAUAUAUUUUUUGUCUCGUUUUGUUUUUAUAUUGAAAAUAUUUUGCGGUGCACGCUUCUUUUCGAUGCGCAUUGUAAAUAUGUUUUCACGUUGUACAUAUUUAUUAAUCUCGGAGCAUCUCCUUGUUUAUACGACGCUUAUUAGUCGAAAAUAUAUAUCAACAUCUCGCAUCGACAUUGCGGUUUCACCUUAUUUAUUAACAUCAACGUGUCUUCUCAUUUUGAUCACAAUACGCGCCUCUCCAUUUUGUUUGCCGAAGGAAUAAGUUGCACACAUUGCUCCUCCGUGCAAAAUUGCGCAAAAUCCAGUUGUGUCGUUAAAUGUGGAACUCGCGAAUAAUGUUACGAGCUUGGGAUCGAUUUUUUUAAGGGAAAUUUUAAUCAGAUAAUAUAUAUCGCAAUUUUUUAUGGAUAUAAUCCAUAUGUUGACACAAUUGUAAAUCUUUGUUAGUGUUGGUUCAAAUUUAUUUAAAGAGUAGGUUUCUUAAAAUGUCUGCUAUUCACACUAGAAAGUUUUGUGUCAAAAUCUUUCAAUUGCUAAAAAUUCUGACUGUCGCCAAAGCCGCAAAGUCAAAUUUUCAUAAGUUGACGUCGAACGUCGCACUUAUAUGUCCAUAUUUUACGACACAAUUUGUAUAUAUAUCUUGCGAGAAAGAAAAACGAUUCCGUAAGGAUCCAAUGCAUUUUUUUUUUAAUUCGCCGGACAAACUAGAUCGUAAUUGGUACGAUCGAUCGCGAGAGUCCGUUGGUGACUCGUUUAAAUUAGAUUUGAGAAAUUUAAUCCUGUUAUUUACAAUUAUUUAUAUACAUGCUAUUUGUGGAAAAUCACUUUUGUUAUACACUUCGAAAAAGAAAAAAAAAGAACGAAGCAAAAAUAUUUCUCUCUUUUCUCAUCGCGGCAACAAGGCACUCCUCUCACAUCUCCUCCUCUUCACCCCCCCGCUAACGCCCUUGCUCCCCCAUUCUCCACCGGUAGAUAGACAAUGAUGGCGUACAGUAGUAAUUAUAUAAGGGAAAAAAACGGCAAAACAUGAGACAAGCAACGGCAUCGAGCGACAAGUAGUCUCUGCUAAAAAGUCGAUAAAAAAAAAGAUGAAAAUAACAAUUAGUGAGAGACGCUGUAUGAUUGUGUAUAUCAACAAUAAAUAAUUGCUGUGAUUAGAAUCGAUUAUAUUAGUAAGUAGUUAAGGAUCAAUUUUUAAGGCACUUCGCGGAGAGAGAGAGAGAGAGAGAGAGAGAGAGAGAGAGAGAAAGUAAAAAGAGAAGGAGUACUUAUUGAUAUGUGGUAGAGAAAGAGAUGGGAAAGGGAAGAAAGAGAGUGCAUGUGAGUGUACAUAUGAUCGUUUACGAGCGCGAAAGAGAGACAGAGAGAGAGAGAGAGAGAGAGAGAAAGACGCGACAAGAGGAUAGGGGAGAUUUUUAGGACCCACUUUAUAAGCGACUGAAGUAUGUACGUGCGCGCGUGCGUAUAAUCCUCUCGAAUCGCCGACAGAGGUAUUAUUCGUAUCCAAUCGCUAGGAGCGCGGAAAUCCUUAAAUCAUUCUCUGAUACUCAAAUCAGAUUAAAGAGAAAAGAAAAUAGGCCGUCAAACGGAGCGAGCGGAAGACGAUUGCUGCGCGCGUUUACGUUUAAGACAAAUUACGAUCUCUUCCCACUCGAACUCUGUGUCUCUUGACGAGUCCUUUCAGUACCGAAUCAGAUGUAAAAAUUCGAUCUAUCUUUUUUAUUCCACUUUAGCCACUUUUUAGAACCUUGGAGAAUAUUUUAUAUUUGUAAACGUGUAUAUUAUUACUCUAUGUAGGUUAAUGGUAUUAUUUAAAUAUCUUCACGUACGGAAUGUCGCUGCUGAAUAGCUGACGUCACUUGGGUACUGGAAGGGUCAGGAAUGCAGAAUUUGCACAGAACUAUCGUCGCGAGACGAGCGUCGAAGUGGACCGAAGAGGCGAUGAGACCUCGGUGACCUUUCCAAGUGCGUCGAGGGGGAAGAACCACGUUUCUUAUCCGCGCACAAAGAACACGGCAGUAAAAUGGUGACCACCAGCUACACGCUUAGGCUACCCUCCAUAGGCUUCGAAUGCGUCUUCACGAAGUAACGUGACGUAUACUUUCCCCUUUAACGAACAUUUCGAACUUGUAUCGCUACGGACCACGACGACCUACUCUUAACGAACGUACAAUUCAGAGUGAUAAGACGGAGACAUUCUAAUUCUUGCUAUCAAUCUCGCUUCGCGGAAAUAGUAAUGGAAGAUUACCGUUUAAGUUUCGUUUUUAAAAAGCCGUUGCGCGUGUCGUUCGUAUCCAAAACGCGUGCUCGUAAGAAGAAGAAAAAAGGAUCGAAACCUAUAUAUGUUAUCUUUUAUUAUUGCUUUCCGUACGCGUUGCGAUCUUCUGAAUUUCAAGGCGAACACUUUGUCGGAAUGGCAGUUACCGAAGUGUUUUACAUUUCCGUGAGCAUCGUAAGUUAUCGAUAGCGUUAAAAAACGAUUCUAAUAGUUUACUAUGGUGCAGGCUAAGUGUCAAGAGCAAUAAGUAAUAAGUGAUAUUUCUCGUAAGGAACGUAUACGACACGGUAUAAUCCAAGCAGUUUUGAAUACGGACGCGUGUGAUAAUUUGUUAAUUAUAAUAAUUAUAAUAUAAUAAUUAUGAAGCUCUCUACGCGGCACUGACGAGUAAAUGGGAUUAGAAGUUGAACGAGAUAAAAGCUGGAAAUUCUUCGGAACUUCGGGGAUCCGGCGAAAUUGAAAACUCUGUUCCAGAGAAUUAUGUAAAGUCGGAAAUGACUAAUUUUCUGCUUAUUAGGAAAGUUGCCAGGCAGAAUCGGUCCAGCAGCAUUAUCUCGAUUGAGAAUCCCAUUCACUUUUCAAUUGGCUCACUUGGCAUUAUUGUACGUAAUUAAAGAACGGCGCGACUCGAAGACGCUUAAUCGUGAGUCGCCUCGUAGCCAAGGAACAGCAACGCGGACGAGAAGAGCCUAUAGGAUUAAUUUUUCGGAAGAUUUUAAAUCGUUUGUCCGCCGCCGUGCUGAGAUUUUAAUACUAGCUGGGAUUUACUUCGCCUCAUUUCGCAAAGAUUUGAUUCUGCUCGAUGUGCACUGAGUUAACUAUGAACACUAUCGAGAGCUAUUACCUUAAAGAAAGAACAGGCUUCUACGGAGUUUGGAAGCGAAGUAACUGUUGGGCUCGGGUACUUCUAAAAGGGAACGCGCGAAGCUUCCAUCUGGCUUACGUUUGGCACGUAAGCGGCUAAAGGCGAUUAUGUUGUAGCUGAUGGUUUUCUCGUUACCGCUUCCAACCCACCUACCACCCGAAGAUGUCCCUUUGUCGCACUGACGUAUUCCAGAAGCAUAUCCAAUGACACAUAUGACUAGGCUACGAAUAAUUAAUAUCUCUUUUGCUCCGAUAAGCUAGCCUGUAUUUAUCCGGCGUGUAUCAUCAUUCAGAAAUCGAUUAAUUGUACAUUUUGUCGGGGCACCUUUAUAUAGGCACUUCGAUACGAUCGACUCUCUGUAGCGUCUAGCGAUCGUUAAGAUAUCGUCUAUCGCGUGUUCGAAGAAAAAAAA